AUGAGUGCGGUUAAUCAUAAGGGUUCGAACCACACGAUUCCGAUUGCUGUUGCGACGAUCUUCUGCUCGUCCUCCAGAUCCGCAAUUAUCGGGCCUCAAUGGACGGGUCUUUCAAGGUUUGUACCUGGUAUGUGGGACACAUAUCACAUUUUUAAAUUGGUCAAACGGGCCCACCUUGGACAAGUAACCUGUCUGGCGUUCCUUUCGCCAACUCUAUUGGUGGCGGGAUGCGGUCCUCUACUCAAGGUUUUUGACAUAACAGUAGGAAGGGUGGUCUCUGUAUAUACUGUUUUUGACCAUGCCCGAGUUCAUAUUAUACAACCUGAAUAUCCACCCCGUUCAACGGGAAAUAUAUCGGAAGUUCGCCUAGCCAUAGCGGGCGGCAAAUACCUCAAAGUUGUUCGGGUAUGCUUCCACCUCGAUCCACGCACUGGAACCCUCCUUUCGAGCACCUUGAUAAACGAAAGCCGUUUUACUAUUUUUCGCGAUUGGAUAAAAGAUGUGCAUUGGAUAAGUGACAAUGUUGAAAAUGGGCAUCCUCUACUUGCACUGGCUUUUGCGCACAACUUUGUGGACAUAUGGAACUAUAAGGCGAAUAAGCGAACAUAUCAUGUGCAAUGCGAGGAGCGAUGCAUAAUCUAUGCCGCUCGCUUCUUUCAGAGGGCACCUGGAGAAGUGCUCUUGGCGUCAGGUACGGUAUUUAAUCAAGUGCUCCUGUGGAAUAUAUUCGGACGAAAUGAUGAUGGAGAUGGAGUGGUGCUUAAAAAGUUGGUUGGGCACGAGGGUGUAAUUUUCAACAUACGGUUUAGUACUGACGGUACCAGACUGGUAUCAUCAUCGGAUGAUCGUACCAUCCGGGUCUGGGACACACGACUGGAUUCUCGGAAGCAGGCCGCAGUCUUGUACGGUCAUGCGGCGCGGAUUUGGGACUGUCGAACCAUAGAUAAUCUCGUUGUCAGUAUUUCGGAGGAUUCGACAUGCCGGGUGUGGGACAUCACAACAGAAGAGUGUAUCGCAUGUUGGGAAGGUCACGAUGGAAAGAAUGUAUGGAGUGUGGACAUCGAUCCACAACAUAAUACGGUCGCGACAGGUGGAAAUGAUGGUGGUAUCCGGCUGUGGAAUUUAUCAUCCUUGCACAGAAAUAGAAUAGACUCCGAGGAGCAAAUGGAUCGCUUUGAAGCAGCUGGUGAUGGGACACCUUGUGAGUCGCUGUUGGCGUCUCCAGAGACAGUGAAGACAUUUGCGUGGUUGGAUUAUACUUCGUCAUUAAUGUCGACAAGUGCUGGGCGUUUCCUUAUUUCAAACCGAGACGGUGACCGUCGACAGUUUGAAAUUCAUGCAGAUGCAGAUUUUUCAAGAUAUUCAGUUCUCACUGCUUCCAGCUGCGGGACAAUAGUCGUCGUCGGUGGGAUGAACGGGCAACUACUGGUGCUGAGCCCAAUGCGGGUAUUUCUGCCUGUAAAAUGCGCCCCUCAUGACGGCAAGGUCAAUCAGGUGAUAUUAGAACCCACGGGGAUAAGGCAUUCGUGGUACCUAUUCUCUUUUGCGGAGAAAAGUGAGCAGUUGUUUAUCCACCAUAUAGUGGUAUCCGAACGUGAACAGCACUGCAUCGUAACUCACGUAGCUUCCGGGGAGCUCCCCGAUCAUUUUUGGGUGACGGAUGUGGCCUAUGCGACCAGAGAGAAGGUAUUGAUCGUGGGAUCUCGGAAGGGAGCCAUAGCGGUGUACGAUACCACUACCAUUUCGGACGAUACUCCCUGUAAUGCGCUCUUGAAACCUGUGCUUGUAAGCCGAAAAGUUCAUGGCAAAGAUUCGGUAACAUCUAUCGCUUUGGACAUGCGAUGCGUGAAGGACUGGGAGGGAGAAAUAAUCUUUGGGAGUGUGGGACGCGAUGGGACUUACUGCAGGUUCGCGUUGAAGCGAUUGGACGGACGUCACCAUGUGGUGGGACACGAGCUUUCCCCGGAGACUGACCCAACAGCGAGAUGGUCCCUUGAGCAACUCCACCGUUCGAAAAUCACAAAAGGCUGGCUCGAAAAGCUUUUCUUCAUAGACGAUAUGGCUGUCUUGUGCGGUUUUUACGAUAAGAAAUUUUUCGCCUACAACGAGACCAAAAAAUACGAGAUGUUCUCAGUUGCAUGUGGCGGUGGGCAUAGGCGGUGGGAUUUCCGUAUAGCGGAUGCGCUCUUGCAUCGGGCGACGUUUGGCUUCAUCCGCGCUGAACAAUUACACUGCGUAUAUCGUGAGGUCCAGGAGACCCGCAUUUAUAAGGAUCCCAUCCUGCAGCAGAAUUAUUCUGGCUUGGAAACCAGGGUCGUGCGAUUCCUCGAUAUGCCUUAUGAAAAGGAGAAUACCGUUCUUCUGCUGACCACAGGAGAAGAUUCAGUAUUACGUUUUCAUGAAUAUGAUUCAACUCAUGCCGGCCAUGGGUUCAAGAGCGUAUUGAACGUGCGGAAACACGUCUCCGUCGUACGAGGUAUAGCCGUUUCACCAGGAGAAACUGGAACGCUCAUGUUUACAGCAGGAGCUCGGGAAGAGUUACGAUGCUGGCGCAUGGAAACAGACAAUCCAAGUGGGCCACAGUGCCUGGAGCUGGCAAGUGCACCGAUGGUGAGCGACAUACCAGAAACGCGGAUCAUGGACGUUGGAGCGGUCGCCUUACGAUCAUUGGGCAGUGAGUUUGAAGGGCUACAUCUGGUCGUAGCUGCAUAUUCGGAUGCUUACUUCAGGAUAUGGGUGUACAGUGAAAGUCGGAACGUGUUCUUAUUGUUGGCACGAUCUGGUACACAUAAACGGUGCGUCCUAAAGUGUCGCGCCUUGGCUUUAGAGGAUGAAGAAGCCCCAAAGAUUGUCAUCUUCACGGCUGGAACUGACGGCACCCUGAUGGUGUGGGACUGCACCCAGAUAAUCAGAGACGGAUGUGGGGAUAUAGGCAGCGCCGUCAGGCCGGUUACGGAGCUGUCCACUCCUUUCCAUGCGGAGAAGGUGCACCAGUCAGGAGUCAAUGCGUUGAGUGUGAGAAAGCUCCAUCGCACUGCUUCCCAGAAAACCUUCACUCCUGGAUCUUCUUCCAUUCUGGUUGCCUCUGGAGGCGAUGACAAUGCGAUAUCGAUCGUGCAAAUCCUGGUCCGGCCAAGGCCAAACUCAAUAUUGAUAGAUUCUAUAAAAGCCGCAACGCACCCAUCCGCUCAUUCUUCUGGAGUUACAGGCAUCAAAAUUCACCCCUACGGCACCAUUAUCAGCUCAUCAGUAGACCAACGGCUGAACUUCUGGAGCCUCACGAAUACUGAAGUGGGCAGCGUCAGGUUUGAUCUGAUUGCGAGUUACUACCUGGAUAUAGCCGAUAUCUCGGACCUUGACGUCAAUGUUAUUAGCCCAAGUCAUAUUCAGGUUGCCGUUGCUGGGCUCGGCUUGCAAUUAUUAGAAAGUGAAAGUAUCCAUUAG